CUUCUCUUAUAACUUUGUUGCUUUGUUUCUUCGACUGCGAGAGACACAGAAAGAGAGAUGGUGAAAGAUCGGAAGAUAGGGGUGGCGAUUGACUUCUCGAAGAGCAGCAAAUGCUCACUGCAAUGGGCCAUAGAUAAUCUGUUGGACAAAGGGGAUACACUGGUCAUCCUUCACAUCAAACCUGACAAAGGCCAAGAGUCCCGCAACUCUCUCUGGUCUAGUACCGGUUCUCCUCUUAUUCCCUUGUCGGAGUUUCGGGUACCAGAGUUUAUGCAGAGGUACGAAGUAAAAUCCGAUCCUGAGGUUUUGGAUAUGCUUGACACCGGUUCCAGGCAGAAGGAGGCGACCAUCGUUACAAAGAUUUACUGGGGUGAUGCAAGGGAGAAGCUCUGCGAAGCCGUUGAAGAUCUGAAACUGGAUUCCUUAGUCAUGGGAAGCAGAGGACUUGGUGUCAUUCAGAGGAUACUGUUGGGGAGUGUGACAAAUUACGUGAUCAACCAUGCGACAUGCCCUGUAACCGUUGUGAAGGAUCCCAGCUCCCAUUAAGCCCUGAUGCUACCAUUGAAUGAAUUCGAGGUUGGUGAUGGAUAGGGGUAGCUAUCAUAAUGGAAAAUAAAAAAACACAGUAUUUGGUGAAAUUCGUGUUCUGUUUACUUUUCCUGUGUUUCUGUCUUUGACUCUGUGCUUGUAACUCCGAUCAAGGGAGGAAGCUUAGUUAGUAGCUUUUGUUGAUUCUGUGCGGCAGUUUUAAGUUCCUUUUUCCGGUUAAAAAACCCUACAAGAUAGUAGCAAUUAUGUUGGUUUUUAUGGAAACUAUCUGCAAUUCUGCGUUUCUCUCUU